AUGGGCUCUUCCCGCCGCCUGAGCUGCAGGCAGCACGCUGCAGCCAGGCAGGCAGCUGGGCACGCCGCACGGCUGCGGCCGCACGGGCUGUCUGCCACGAUGUUGCUAGUAACAAUCCUUGUAGUGGAAGGGAUUGCUGUUGCACAGAAGACACAAGGUGGGCAGAACAUUGGAGUGAAUCGCAUUCCUCCUACCCAGUGUGACAAUUGGGUACGGACAAGUAAUGGAGGACAUUUUGCUUCACCAAACUACCCUAACAUGUACCCACCAAACCAAGAGUGCGUCUAUAUCUUAGAAGCUGCUCCACGACAAAGAAUUGAGUUGACCUUUGAUGAACCUUAUUACAUAGAACCCUCAUUUGAAUGUCGGUUUGACCAUCUGGAGGUUCGAGAUGGACCUUUUGGUUUCUCCCCUCUCAUUAAUCGUUACUGUGGUCUGAAAAGUCCUGCACUAAUUAGAUCAACAGGGAGAUUUAUGUGGAUCAAGUUUACUUCUGAUGAGGAGCUGGAAGGAAAGGGAUUUCAAGCAAAGUACUCAUUUAUACCAGAUCCUGACUUCACUUACCUAGGAGGCAUUUUAAAUCCCAUCCCAGACUGCCAAUUUGAGCUCUCGGGAGCUGAUGGAAUAGUACGUUCCAGUCAAGUAGAACAAGAAGGAAAAACAAAACCAGGACAAGCAGUUGACUGUAUAUGGACAAUUAAAGCUACUCCAAAUGCUAAGAUUUAUUUGCGAUUUCUCGACUAUCAAAUGGAGCAUUCAAAUGAAUGCAAAAGAAACUUUGUUGCUGUAUAUGAUGGAAGUAGUUCUAUUGAAAACCUGAAGGCAAAGUUUUGCAGCACCGUAGCAAACGAUGUCAUGCUACAGACUGGGACAGGUGUGGUACGAAUGUGGGCAGAUGAAGGCAGUAGACUAAGCAGAUUCAGAAUGCUGUUCACUUCAUUUGUGGAUCCUCCCUGCUCAGGCAACACUUACUUCUGCCAUAGCAACAUGUGCAUCAAUAAUUCUUUAGUCUGCAAUGGCAUUCAAAACUGUGCAUACCCGUGGGAUGAAAAUCACUGCAGAGAAAAGAAAAAAGCUGGACUGUUUGAACAAAUUACCAAAACUCAUGGAACAAUCAUUGGCAUCACAUCUGGAAUAGUUUUAGUUCUUCUCAUCAUUUCAAUUCUAGUACAAGUAAAGCAACCUCGCAAAAAGGUUAUGGCUUGCAAGACUGCUUUCAAUAAAACUGGUUUCCAGGAAGUAUUUGAUCCUCCACAUUAUGAACUAUUUUCACUAAGGGACAAAGAAAUUUCUGCAGAUUUGGCAGAUUUAUCAGAAGAACUUGAAAACUAUCAGAAAAUGAGACGCCCUUCAACAGCUUCCAGAUGCAUUCAUGACCACCACUGUGGCUCCCAGGCCUCUAAUAUAAAACAAAGCAGGACAAACCUCAGCUCCAUGGAACUGCCCUUUCGCAAUGAUUUUGCGCAGCCUCAGCCAAUGAAAACAUUCAAUAGCACAUUCAAGAAAAGUAGUUACACUUUCAAACAAGCGCAUGACUGCCCUGAGCAAGUCAUAGAAGACAGGGUGAUGGAGGAGAUUCCGUGUGAAAUCUAUGUUAGAGGAAGAGAAGAUACAGCACAAGGUUCAUUAUCUAUUGACUUCUAAUUUCCUAGUGGAGGUGAUAUCAGUGUAUAUACAAGAUGCUUGUGUAUAAUGACAGUGUAUAUAUUAACCGUGUACUAUAUGCAGCGUGUGAGAUGCACACACACUUUUAGCUUAUUAUACUUAAUUUUAAAAAAGUGAAAAUCUUCGUAACUAAUUCUUACUGAAAAAUGGUGAAUUUCCUCCCAUCUUCCCAAGCUACCUAUUUAGCAGAGGAGUAAGACAGAGACUUUGCAUGGAAAUUAUAAGUUAAGGAUAUUGGAAGAAAAAAACCCAACAACUGCUAAUCAUUGAACUCUGAAACAAUGACUACUACUCUCUUCCUCAUACAAUUUUCUCUUUAGACGUCUGCUUUUCAAGACAAUUUUAAUACCUCAGUUACAUAAAUAAAAGUAGUUAAGUGCA